UUAUUAUAUUGUUGUGUAAGUACCCAUACGUUUAUGCAUGUUAGAUGAAUGUUUGGUUUUUUAUUACUGAGGUUUCCUUACUGCAAAGAUUAAAAUCGAGCUGUACCAGAUGAAACUAAAAAACAGGUUGCUAUUUUACAAUGUACAAUAAUUACAUUUCACAAAAGAUAGAUUUGUGCCGUGUACCUCAGUUUUACGUUUGAAAGCUGAUGCAGUGCCCACAAUUCUGGAAGUCCAGAAGGACCAUGUUAUGAAGGGACUGGACCAGAUAGCAAAUAAAAAAGUAAACAUUAUAUCCCAAUAUAUAAUAAAGCCAGAACCACAGACUCUUUUGGAUACCAAAUCAUUAAGUAAUGCAAACAGUGAAGUUACUGAACAUGAGAAAACAAAUUCCUCGCAGUCACCAUCCCAACGGGCUGUCACACCAAUUUCAAGUACAGUUAGAUGUAGAAGGACUCUUUUUAAGGACGUUGAAGGCUUGUGUUCAACACAGAUAACACCAAGAAAGCAAAAGUUGAUGGUUAUUGUGAAGAGGAAGCAGGGUCGCAUAAGAAAAUUACAAAAAGUUUGCAAACAAAAAGGGAAAAGGAUUAAAACUUUAGAAAAUAUAGCAAUGAAUAAUUGUUUCAAAGGCAUGCCAUCUACCAUAUCUAACUUUAUGAUGUCUCAGAUUCGUUGUGCCAAGCGCACAAGAUUUUGAAAGAUUUUUUACUUAAAAGUAUAUGUAGAAUCGGAAUCCCAUGGUACUGUACAAGACUUGUCCGAAAUUUAAGAUCUGAAGCCAGCCGGCAAAUGUCAGCACGCACAAAAAGAAAAAUUUUGCAUAAAUAGUAACAAUACCAUUAAAUGUCUACUUCUUGGACAAUUCGUACACCUACAGUACCAUCAAAUUCUGAUUCAUUGGGUCCACAUUUACAAACAACUUUGUCCUCUUGCAUAAUGUUUUGUUUCAGUUUUCUUGGAAUCCCUAUGAUCUAAUGUUACUAGUUCUCAUUCAGUCUGUGUUUGUUAUGAAAAGAUGUGGCAUAGCAUUAUUAUUAUUGUGAAUCUUUGUUGUACUUAUGCAAAUACAAUUUGACAAAGCUCAA